UUCCUCCUCGAGUUAUCAAAUGUUAGUGAACCAUUAAGAAACGAGUGUCAACAUGCCGUUCCCAUAUAGGCUACAUGUAGCCCACUGAGAGUUUGAUGUAUGAGGCAACGCUAUGACCCAAUAUGCGUUGUCGAGAAUGAGGAAAGGCGUUUGAGUUGCGAAGUGAACAAGCCCACAGGGAACACACACGGCUCAUGUCAAGUCGGCUCCGUUACUCUCCAGCCAUGGGAACUUUAUCAGACCGUCCAGUGAUCCUGUUUCUCCUUAUGUUGUCAGCAUCAAAGGUUUUCGGUUCCAACAUCUGCACAUCACAAGGAGUCACCACUUGUCAACGGUGCUUGGCUGUUCACCCUACCUGUGCGUGGUGCUCUCAGGAGGAGUAUGGGAAGGGGGGAUCCAGCACAUCCCGCUGCGACCUGAAGCAGAAUCUGCUGAAUGGAGGGUGCAGUAGUACGGCUGUGGAGUUUCCCUCCAGCACCCUGAGUAUUCAGGAGAACAAACCGCUCAGCGACAAGGCCUUGGGUACUGCUGACGAUGUCACACAGAUAAAGCCUCAGAAAAUCCAUAUGGCACUAAGGCCAGGAGAUACCAAGCAUUUCACCGUGUCAGUGAAACAGGUGGAGGAUUACCCAGUGGACCUCUACUAUCUGAUGGAUCUUUCAUUUUCAAUGAAGGAUGACUUGGCUCGCCUUCGCACCUUGGGCAGUGAGCUUGCAGUGGCCAUGGGCCGCACCACAAGCAACCUACGCAUGGGGUUUGGAGCCUUUGUGGACAAGACCACCUCCCCUUACAUGUACAUGUAUCCUCCAGAGGCAGUCAAAAACCCUUGCUUUGGAAUUCACGACACAUGCCUGGCUCAAUUUGGGUUCAAGCAUGUCCUGUCACUGACAGAGAAGGUGGCUCGCUUCACCGAGGAGGUUGGGAAACAGCAGGUGUCUAGAAAUAGAGAUGCUCCAGAGGGUGGAUUUGAUGCUGUCAUGCAGGCUGUGGUGUGCAAGGACAAGAUUGGCUGGCGUCCAGAUGCCUCGCACCUUUUGGUAUUCACCACUGAUGCCAAAACUCACACCGCCCUGGAUGGACGUAUAGCUGGAAUUGUCCAGCCCAAUGAUGGACAGUGUUACCUUGAUAAUGACAAUGUUUACAACAAAUCCACUGUGCUGGACUAUCCCUCCUUGGCACUCAUGACAGACAAAAUGUCUGAAAACAACAUAAAUCUAAUUUUUGCUGUGACCAGCUAUGUGGUGCCGCUUUACCAGGAGUACAGUCAGCUCAUUCCAGGCACAACUGUGGGAACUCUGUCCGAUGACUCUGGGAAUGUUAUUCAGCUCAUUGAGAAUGCUUAUGCGAAAAUUCGCUCUAAAGUGGAGCUGGAACUACUGGGAGUCCCAGAAGAGUUGAAUCUCUCCUUCAACGCCACUUGCCUAAAUGGAGAGGUCAUCCCUGGACUUAAGUCUUGCUCUGGCCUCAAGAUUGGAGACACAGUGUCAUUCAAUGUGGAGGCUCAGUUGCGUGGCUGCCCCAAAGAGAAGAGCCGCACUUUUACAAUCAAACCUCGAGGCUUCAAGGAUUCCCUGGAAGUCACGAUGGACUUUGCCUGUGGCUGCGAGUGUGAGGCGAAGGCCGAAGCCAACAGUCCCGUCUGUAGCAACGGCAACGGGACCCACGAGUGCGGUGUGUGUCAGUGUCACCAGGGUCGUCUGGGCCCACGCUGCGAGUGCUCAGUGGAGGACUACAGUCCAUCUGAUGAUGCCAACUGCAUCCCAAAGCCAGAGGGGCCAAUCUGCAGUGGGAGAGGAGACUGUUUGUGCGGACAGUGCUCCUGCCAUGCAAAUGAGUUCGGUCAGGUGUGGGGCAAAUACUGCGAAUGUGACGACUUCAACUGCUUGCGCUUCAAAGGGUCGCUGUGCGCCGAUCAUGGGAAGUGCAGCUGUGGCCUCUGCCAGUGUGACGCAGGCUGGAAAGGAGAAAACUGUAACUGCACCACACGCAUAGACACCUGCAUGUCCAGCAUCGGCAUGUUGUGCAGCGGCCGGGGUAACUGUGAGUGUGGGGUUUGUCAGUGUACUCAGCCUGGCGCCUACGGAGAGACCUGUGAGAAAUGCCCUAUGUGUCCUGAUUCCUGCACUAUAAAAAAGGAGUGUGUUGAGUGUCAGCACUUCAAGAGAGGACAGUACACCGAUGACAACAGCUGCAGUAGAAUCUGCAAAGAUGAGAUUAAAGUAGUGGAUGAACUGGUUUUCCAUGAUAGACUUGCAGUGAAUUGCUCAUACAAAGAUGAGAAUGACUGUGUGGUAUACUUCCAGUAUUACGAAGAUGAAAGUGGCAAAUCCAUUCUGUUCGUGGUAAAAGAGCCAGAGUGUCCUCAGGGUCCAGACAUCUUAGUGGUGCUCUUGGCAGUGGCCGGAGCCAUCCUGCUACUGGGCCUUGUUGGCCUGCUCAUCUGGAAGCUGCUGGUCACCAUCCACGACCGCAGAGAGUUCGCCAAGUUUGAGGAGGAGAGAGCCAAAGCCAAAUGGGAUACGGCUAACAAUCCUUUGUAUAAAGGAGCCACCAGCACCUUCACCAAUGUAGCAUACCGAGGCAAAUAACGACUAAAUGCUAUGAGUAAAACUCAGGGGCCAGCCACAGAGAUGGAAUGUAGUAGCAGAGAAAUGGAUGGAAAGAAGGGCUACACUGUAGCUGAAAAGUAGUUAAUGCUGUCAAUAAUGAUUACAAUGGUGUAAUAAUUGUACAUAUUGUAAAAAAAAAUCUGUUUUCACACUAUGUCACAUGGUUUUCUCUAAGUACUCUACAUGCAGUCAGAUAGGAGUUCAUUAACAUAAACAACUAUACUGUCCGUUUACAGUAAGGGUGUUGCACCGAAAUCUGUGAUGAGUCGAGAUCUGUGUCCCUCCUUCUAAAAUGCGUAACACCCCCUCCGUAGUUAGGGUUAGGGAUAAGGGUUUGGUUCAGGUUUAGGUAGGGGAACACAGAUCUUGACGGGUCAAAGCUUUCAGUGCCACAAGGGGAACUGCUGCUGAAAGUGGUCUUUUUACCAAUUCUUCUACCACUUCAGGUUCUACCACUGCAAUAUUAGUUGUUUACAUUUGUUUUAGUAUGACUUUUUAGUUUGGCUCACAUUUUGAAAUUGAAAUAGGAAUAACCAUUGCCUAAUAGUAAUAAGUAGGUAUAGAAAAUACAUGAAUGAAUGGUCUUUUUGAAGCCCUCUUCAGUGUCUUUUCUAUAUCUCCUUAACUGCAGCCUCUAGGCUGACUUGGUUUACAGUGAUGUGUGUGGUCUAGAUUGUUAUUGAAAUGCAUAUCAGCAAUGGUAACUUUAUAAAUGCUUUGACAUGUUUAUUUAUCCCUGCACCAUCACCUGUUUUUGCGUCGGUUGGGCUUUUGUAUUAUGGCAAAAAGAAUCUUGCCAUAGCUGAAUUGUAAAAUAUUUCAAUUUUCUACUGACUAGCACUGUGUUACACUGAAAUGCCAAGCUCUUCUUUUGUGUAUGAGCAGAUUUUAUUGCACAUCCAAUGUGAUUGGCCAUAAUGCAGUGUAAUUGCUGAUAAUGAACAAAUUUACUCUUGCAUAACCUCAAUAUGGGAGAAAAUAGCACAAUGUGAGGUGUAUUUCAGUUGUCUUAGGAGAUGGCUUGCACGCCUGUUGCAUAGUUGUCUGUUUCUGUGCACCGUUUUUAAAGAUGCAUGGGGUUUCGCUGUAGUUACACAAAGGGAAUGUUAAAUAUUAAAAAAUAUACCUGACUUUGACUGAUUUUAGCCUUUAAGAUCAGACUUACAAGCAAUAAGUUGCUAAAAUUUCUGAAAUAGAAAAAGUUAUUUAACUCUUUCUGUAUUCCUCUACUCUAUUCUGUAUGUUGGUUGACAGUACAUUUUGGUGGAACAUUACAAUAAAUAUCACUGAUGGCCUGUGUGAUUUCAGUGAGAAGCUGAAUGUUUCAUUCUGCCUCCCAGCUUUGUUCAGACACACAGCAAGCUAUUUCACAAACACUCUGAGAUAAACUCUGAAAAUGACUAAAUGAAAACAUUGAAAAUCAUUAAAUUAAGCAGAGAGAGAUGUAUAAAUCCUAAGAGGUUUUGAAUUAAUGUUUUCUUUGAGUCAUAAAUGUCAGAAGUAUAUUAAAGAAAGAAUGAUUCGUUAGCUAGGUUUUUCCAUUCAAUUCAAGCAAGUUCACUGUGAUGUGGGUGUUAUACUAAUCAAAUGAAUGUCAGUCGGCAGAGGCGAGAAUUUCCUUUGACCACAUUCCUUCACUUAUCUUCUGUAUCAAGCCAUAACAUAUUUCCUGUUGCAUGGCCCAUGUAGUCUUUAGUUUUUAGUGUUCUUGUGCACUUCUCUGGUGUUCAAUCCGAUAUAUGUUGUCACAAACUUAGCAUUUCCUUCACUACCCACAACAUAACUCUGUCACGGCAUCCUGUUCACACCAGCCUGAUGAGUCCACUUGAUGUGUGCUGCACCCAGCCAUUUUUAUACAGUUUGUUGUUACUUAAGUUCACCAUGGAAAUAAAAGGUACAUUCAUCAC